GCCAAUCAGCUUCUUGCCAGAUGGAUCCGUCUCAGGAAGUUGAGUAAAUGGUACCUUGACAGUGAGCAAGCUAAGUUCAGUUAGCAUCACUCAGCUCCCACAGACUGACCUCCGCUCCCAACAUGGCUGGUGUUCGAGCUCUUGGUGUUCUCUCCAGAUUGUCAACGGCACGAUAUGCUCUUUUCUCAGGCAGUGCUUUUCGCACCUUCUCAGUAGCUCCUGCCAUGCUUGCCCGAACUCAUGUUAGUUAUGAAGUCAAGAAUGAUGUUGCAGUCAUACGGAUUAAUGACCCAAACUCCAAGGUUAACACAUUGUCAGUUCAGAUGCAAAAGGAGAUGAUUGAAGUAAUGGAUGAAGUUUGGGCCAAUGAGGCUGUUAAAAGUGCUGUUCUCAUCUCCUCAAAGCCAGGAUGCUUCAUUGCUGGAGCUGAUAUUAAUAUGAUCCAGGCCUGCAACACUGCAGAGGAGGUAACAAAACUCUCCCAGGAAGGACAGAAAAUGUUUGAGCGGAUUGAAAAGUCUCCUAAACCAGUUGUUGCUGCCAUCAAUGGUUCAUGUUUAGGAGGAGGCUUGGAGUUUGCCAUUGCCUGUCAGUACAGAAUUGCAACAAAAAGCAAGAAGACGGUUCUUGGCACACCUGAGGUUAUGCUCGGCCUUCUACCUGGAGCUGGAGGCACACAGAGACUACCUAAAAUGGUUGGUCUUCCCAGCGCCUUUGACAUGAUGCUAACGGGGAGAAACAUCAAAGCAGAUAAAGCCAAGAAGAUGGGGCUUGUUCACCAGCUUGUAGACCCACUAGGGCCUGGACUGAAAGGUCCAGAAGAGAGAACGAUAGAGUACUUAGAAGAAGUUGCUGUUGAAUGUGCCAGAGGGAUCGUCAACAAAAAGAUCGCUCUUCAGAAAGAGAAAAACAUGAUGCAAAAAAUUACAGACUAUGUGAUGAGCUUCGAGUUUGUGCGGAAUCAGAUUUAUAAAACAGUUCAUGGUAAAGUCAUGAAGCAGAGCAAAGGACUUUAUCCAGCACCUCUGAAAAUCAUUGAAUGUGUGAAGACGGGGGUGGAACAGGGCCCAAUUGCUGGAUACUUGGCAGAGUCUCAGAAUUUCGGCCAGUUGGCGAAAACUUCAGAAUCGGCCGCCCUAAUUGGUCUGUAUCACGGUCAAGUAGCAUGCAAGAAGAAUCGAUUUGGAACCCCAGAGAGAGAAGUGAAAACUCUUGCCAUUUUGGGAGCAGGGCUAAUGGGAGCGGGUGUCGCCCAGGUGACUGUGGACAAAGGCAUCCAUACCAUCCUUAAGGACACCACUGUGGAAGGUUUGUCCAGAGGAGAGCAGCAGGUUUACAAAGGCCUUAAUGACAAAACCAAAAAGAAGAGCAUCACAUCCUUCCAGAGGGACUCCAUACUGUCCAACUUGACCGGCCAGCUAGAUUACAAGGGUUUUGAAAAGGCUGACAUGGUCAUUGAAGCUGUGUUUGAAGAUAUCAAAAUCAAGCAUGCCGUCCUGAAAGAAGUCGAAGCUGUGGUCCCUCCUCACUGUAUAUUUGCAAGCAACACAUCUGCUCUUCCCAUCAAGGACAUUGCUGCUGCUAGCAAGAGACCAGACAAGGUUAUUGGAAUGCACUACUUUUCUCCAGUGGACAAGAUGCAGCUCCUUGAGAUCAUAACCACUGAUAAGACGUCGAAGGACACUACAGCCUCGGCUGUGGCGGUCGGCCUGAAGCAGGGCAAAGUCAUCAUAGUUGUUGGGGUGAGGUCCAGGUGCAGUUCAUCAGACUCCGAUGUGCAGUACAGGCUGGUUUCUCGAUUCGUCAACGAGGCGGUGCUGUGUCUGCAAGAGGGCGUCCUGAACAACCCGUUGGAAGGAGACAUCGGGGCCGUGUUUGGGCUGGGAUUCCCCCCCUACCUCGGAGGACCUUUCCGCUUCGUAGACAGUUUCGGCGCCGACAAACUUGUGGAGAAGAUGAGGAAAUUUGAAGCUGUAUACGGGAACCAGUUCACUCCAUGCCAACUCCUACUGGAUCACGCUAAAGAUUCCAGCAAGAAAUUUCACAAGUGACCGACUCGCCGGUGCUGCCAGUAGCUCCUAAUAAACUCAAGUUUGUCACUAAACAUGUGCCUAACAUCGAUUAAUGGGGAGGGUGAACAUGCUGACUGUACACGUUGACCGUUUAUCAGGUGCAAAUAACCUCAAGUGGAGCUGUCUGAUGGGUAAUUAGUGCUGAUUUAUUAAAUUUUUUUCUUAAAAGGGGGAAAAUUAAAGUUAAUGAUCAUUUCUGGAGUUUAUAUUGCAGUACCUGACCUGUGCUCACUGAUUUUUAACAAUGAGGAGCAGCUUUUAAAGCUUUGAAAAUGAUCAUGAGCUUGAUUCAGCACUAGACUGUAUGGACAGAGGUGAAAUAAUACAAACAGUUUUAUUUCAGGUGUUGUACCUAAUAAACUGGCAAGUGUGUGCAGGUGGAAAGCUGUUUUAAUUUUUUUUACAUGAAUGUUCACUUGAUGUAUAGAUAAAGGGUGUGUUGACAUGACUUAUUUACACAUUGCAUCUGUAAAGACAUUUUUUCUGCUGCCAAAUAACUUUUAACACAAUGAAUGUUAAGAUACAUCAUGGUUCAGCAAGUGUCUUGAUUUCUUUGUACAUUAAGGGUUUGCCUUGCUUGGUAUGGAGAAAAAUGUAAAUGUGAAACUUCAAUAAAAAGGUUGAUUAAU